UUUUUUUACUAAACUAUAUUAUUUAACUCCUAAUAUCCACUACAUUAUAUGGGUAUACUAUUUAAGGUAGUCUCUCCACUUUUUUAAUAUUUGUGUCUAACGUAAAUGGGACAAUCGAAAAGAAUUGGAAGGAGUAUAAUAUAUGACCGGGACAGUCUCUAUUCUCUAAUAUUAAGGGACACCUCAACAGAGACUUCUAUAAACAAUUCUUUAAGAAACUCGUGGUUGUUUAUUUGAUCAUAUCCCCAACUUCUAUUCUUCUUCUUCUUCUUCACCUUAAUUAAUCUUUUGGUCAAAGGACAGAGAAACGUACUUAUUUUCUUUUCAAAUGGAAAGGUAUGAAGAAAUGAAAAAUAUUGGGUCUGGAAAUUUUGGGGUUGCUAAGCUUGUUAAAGAUAAAUGGACAGGACAGCUUUUUGCUGUCAAAUAUAUUGAGAGAGGCCUCAAGAUUGAUGAGCAUGUUCAAAGAGAGAUUAUGAACCAUAGAUCAUUGAAGCAUCCUAAUAUAAUUAGAUUCAAAGAGGUGUUCUUGACCCCAACUCAUUUGGCAAUAGUAAUGGAGUAUGCUGCUGGUGGAGAACUUUUUGAAAGAAUUUGUACUGCUGGAAGAUUCAGUGAAGAUGAGGCAAGGUAUUAUUUCCAGCAACUAAUUUCAGGAGUUAGCUACUGCCAUUCUAUGCAAAUUUGUCAUAGAGAUCUUAAGUUGGAAAACACACUAUUAGACGGCAAUCCCAAACCGCGUCUCAAAAUCUGUGACUUCGGCUACUCAAAGUCAGCAGUGCUACAUUCUCAACCAAAAUCAACGGUUGGAACACCAGCCUAUAUAGCCCCAGAGGUCCUAUCAAGAAAAGAAUAUGAUGGAAAGAUUGCAGAUGUUUGGUCUUGUGGUGUUACUCUCUAUGUCAUGCUAGUUGGAGCUUAUCCUUUUGAAGAUCCCGAGGAUCCUAGAAAUUUCAAAAAUACAAUAGCUAGGAUACUCAGUGUACAUUACUCCAUCCCUGAUUAUGUUCGCGUCUCUAAAGACUGUAACCAUCUUCUCUCUCGAAUAUUUGUUGCCAAUCCUGAAAAGAGGAUAAGUAUAGAAGAAAUAAAGAAACACCCAUGGUUUCUAAAAGAUCUACCGGAAGAAUACAAAGAGGGUGGACUAGAGGAGACAUUAAGUGCAAAGGAAACAGAAGUAUCAUCCCAAAAUGAAGAGGAAAUAUUAAGCAUAAUACAAGAAGCAAGGAUUCCGGCAGUUCAUGGGACCACACUUGUUGGUGGAGAUGCACUCUUGUUGGGUGAAAGUUUGGAUUUCGACGACAGCGAGCUUGAUGCUGACCUUGAUGAUUUGGAAAUGUGCGAUGAUUUUGUAUGUGCCGGCCUAUAAUAUAAUAUACUAUUGAUAAAAAUUAUUUUGAAUAAUAUCACUUAUUAUCUAUCUGCUAUGAAUAAUCUCUAUAAUUAAUUAUUUCUAAAUAAUCUAAUUUUUGUAUAUAUUUUUGCUGACAAUACUCAUUAUCACAUUUUAACCCCGGCUAUUAUAAGUUCUUUCCGCCAAAGAGAAAUAGGGUAAACCAACAAA